GUUCACGUUCGACGCUGCUUUUGGGUCGCAGUCCACGCAGCAGCAAGUGUACGACACCGCCGCCACGGCCAUCGUGGAAGCUGUGAUGGACGGGUACAAUGGCACGAUCUUUGCAUACGGCCAGACGGGGGCGGGCAAGUCGCACACGAUGGAGGGGUACCCUGACCCCCCCGACCAGCGCGGGAUCAUCCCGAACUCGUUCAAGCACAUUUUUGACAAGGUGGCAAUCACGAAAAAGAAACAAGUGCUUGUGCGUGCGUCGUACUUGGAAAUCUACAACGAAGAGAUCCGCGAUUUGCUCUCCAAGGACCCCAAAGCUAGCCUUGACCUCAAGGAGAACGUCGACUCGGGUGUGUACGUCAAGAACCUGACCGCCCAAGUCGUCAAGGAUGCCGCCGAGAUCGACGCCGUGAUGCAGCAAGGCAAGAAGAACCGCAGCGUGGGGGCCACCAUGAUGAACCAAACGUCGUCGCGGUCGCACUCUCUGUUUACGAUUGUCGUCGAGUGCUUGUCCGACGGAAUUGAUGGAAAAGACCACGUGUGCGUUGGCAAGCUCAACUUGGUCGACUUGGCCGGGAGCGAGCGGCAAAGCAAGACGGGGGCAACGGGGGACCGGCUGCAGGAAGCCAACAAGAUCAACUUGUCGCUGUCGGCGCUGGGAAAUGUUAUUUCAGCUCUAGUCGACGGCAAGUCCAAGCACAUUCCUUACCGCGACUCGAAGCUCACGCGGCUGCUGCAAGAUUCGCUGGGGGGCAACACCAAAACGGUCAUGAUUGCCAACUGCGGGCCGGCCGACUACAACUACGAGGAGACGCUCACAACUUUGCGGUACGCGAGCCGCGCCAAGCAGAUCAAAAACAAACCCAAGAUCAACGAAGACCCCAAGGACGCCAUGAUUCGUGAAUUCCAAGAAGAAAUUGACGCGCUCAAGGCAAAGUUGGCGUCGUUUGCAAAUGGAAACACAACUGGGGGGGAUGGCGGGGGGACGGCGACGACAAUGUGCAUGUUGCAAGCCCCGCCAACCGUGGAAGUAGUGGAGAAGGUGGUGGAAAAGGUGAUUGUGGAGAAGGGCAUCAGCGAAGAAGAGGCCCAGAAGAUUGCGGACAAGGCCAAGCAGGAAAUUGGCGCUGUGCGGAAACAAGCGGCGGAGGAGCUGAGUGCGGCGGUGAAAGACAACGCGCUGGCCGAGCACAACAAGCGCGAGAUGGAGCUCAAGCUCGAAAUGGAGCAAAAACAGCAAGAGGAAAUGGUCAAACAGCAACGCGCGCUGCUUGUCAAGCUCGAGUCGAUGGAAGCAAAGCUGCUCGUGGGCGGUGAAAUCAUGAACAAAGCGGCCCAGCAAGAGGACGAGUUGCGCAAAACCAAACUCGAGUUGGAAGAACGCAAGCACCAAGAACUCAAGCUGGCCAGGGAACUAGCCGAACGCGAAGAAGCCAACUUGAUGAAAGAAGAAAAGUACCAAUCGCUGCAAGAAGAAGCCGAGGCCAAAACGAAAAAGCUCAAAAAGGUGUUUGGCAAGGUCAAGGAAGUGCUGGCGGAUAUCAAACAAAUGGAAAAAGCGCACGGACGGGUAUGUAUUUCAUCAUAUUUCGCAUGGCGCCGCUGUAUCGAAGUGAUCCUCCUCUCAUAUAGGAACGCGAAGAUUUGCUCGAUACGAUCCGAGAACUCACGGCGCAGUUCAAGCUCAAGACCCUCGUGCUCGAGUACUUUAUGCCGCGAGAAGCCGCGACGGCACUCGAAAAUGCUGCGCACUGGGACGACGAGGACGACAACUACCGCCUCGACCAUGUGGAACUAUCAGGCAAUGCACUUCGCCCGCGACAACGCCCUGCGUCGGCUAGUGGCCUCCGACGUCCAGAAACUGCCUCGGAAAAGCCCCGCAAGAAGUACGUGUCCAAUGAGGAAGAGCAUGGGGGCCUCGAGGUUGAAGUGCACGUGGAGCGGAACCAAUACUUGGUGUACACAUCCGAUGACGAAGGCGACGGGUACGCGCUAGCCGAAGACAAAAUCGUCAACCCCCCGGUGGCCACGACGGCCAAAGACCGACCGAAAACCUCCAAAAAGUCGUCGAAAAAGCCCAAAGAUGGCAGCACGACGAGCAAUAGUACCAGUGGAAGCAGCACCAAACGCCCUGAAACAGCGAAAAAGCGUGAAAAACGCGAAAAGUCCUGAUCGCCCGCCUCUGUUGUGAAAGAAAGUGUUCGUACUGCCUGUAGUCUAGCCCAAGUAGCUCUCCGUAUAAAUCGAAUUCCAUCGUCCUUGGCAUAGCUAAGUAGAAGUCAAAAUAUAUUACAGUAGUAUAUCGAACCAAUGAU